CCUCCAUGGUGCUUCUCGUAUGUGUGAUCUCUGGCAUGUUGACUUCCUCUUCCUUGCAGUGAAACUUCAGUGAUUUGUGUUUGGUAAACAGUGUAUCACACGUGGUGUUGAAGAAAAUGGGUGUAAUUCAGCGUAUAAAGAAAGCAAAGACUCAUCGAGGAAAGAAAAUUCUUCAAAGUCGAGAAUCAAAAUUAAUAGAAGAUCCUAAAGAAACUUUGUUUCUUCAGGGAAGAAAGACAAGUCAGACAGUUCUGACAUGUAUGAAAGACUUGUAUGCAAUGAAAAAACCUCAAGCAGUUAUGUUAAGUAAGAAGCACGAUAUCCUGCCAUUUGAAAACAUUGUUCCUGUUGAAGAUUUUGCAAGGAAGUAUAACACAAAUCUUUUCGUGUUUGGUUCACAUAAUAAGAAGAGACCUAAUAAUUUAGUGUUAGGUCGCAUGUAUGAUCGUCAUCUUUUGGACAUGGUUGAAUUGGGCAUUGACUCAUUCAAAAGUAUCCACGAUUUUAAAACUGUGAAACCAAUGCUGGGUAUCAAACCAUGUAUCUUAUUUGUGGGAGAGCUCUUCGAGCAUAAUUAUGAGUUCAGAAGAAUAAAGAAUCUGCUGGUUGAUCUUUUCCACAGGGAAAAUGUAGAAGCAAUCCGUUUGCAAGGUCUAGAACAUGUUAUAAUGUUUACAGCUGUUGAAGAUAAGCUCUACUUUAGAAGUUAUAGGAUAUUAUUGAAAAAGUCUGGAACACGAAUUCCACGAGUUGAGGUGGAAGAAGUUGGUCCGUCUGUAGAUUUCAAAUUGAGAAGAGUGAAAUUAGCUUCUGAUGACCUAUUCAAGUUAUCUUGCAAAAAGCCAAAGGAACUUAAGGUAAAGAAAGUUAAAAAUAUAUCAGAGGAUGCAUUUGGAACCCAACAUGGCAGAAUACAUGUUCCCAAGCAGAAUAUUGGCAAACUACAGACAAGAAAAAUGAAGGGUCUUAAGAAAACAUUUGCACAGAAGAAAUCUGAGAAGCAGUUAUAUGGGAAGCGAAAAAGUGAUGAAUAUGAGUCAAAUGAAGAUGUCAACAAAAAAUUAAAAGUGGAGUGAUGUGAUAAAAUAGUAAUAGCAUGUAUUUUUAUAACUUGUACAUAACGAGACCUGUUAAUAUGAAAGAUAAUAAAAAUAUAAUUAUUUGUA